CUUGACCUCGACAGCUAGAGUAAUCAUUGCCCUAUAUAGAACAUGUACGGUAUAAUUCGAAGAAUAUCCAAAUUUAAAUCCCUGCAAAAAUGGUGGACUCCUGCAACGGUGACCAAAACAUCAUCCCAUUAUAUAGCGAAUGGAAAUAUACAGGAUAAUAUCAUAUUGAUUGGCAGUCCUGGGUCCGGUAAAACUACAGUGGGACGACUGCUUGGUCCUAAACUAGGUAUGGAUGUAUUGGAUGUAGAUGACCAUCAUCUCGAACCAUAUUGGGGUAUGAGUGUAGCAGAGAAGUUAGAAGAAGUUGGAUCAAAUUCAUUCAUCGAAGUCGAAGGGAAGGCACUUCUAGAGUUUAAUGAACGUGGCAAAGUUAUCUCCCUUACCGGUUCGAACCCUAUGUAUAAACCUGCCAUGGAUCACGUGGCGAAGACUGGUACAGUCGUAUUUUUAGAUACACCUUCACAUGAUAUUGUCAAACGACUAGAGGAAAUGAAAGUCAACCGUAUUGUCGGACAAACUGGUGGAAUGUCCAUGGAAUCUCUACUGAAGUACCGACAGCAAUUCUACGAAGGUUCAUACGACAUUCGUGUUAUUGUUGAGGAAAACGAAACACCAGAAUCCAUAACGAACAAAAUAUUCUUAGCUCUGAGUAGAAUGAAAACGAAACCCGGAUAUGUUUCAACUCGACAGAAUGCAAAACUUGAACACCGGAUGUCUUUCUCAGAUGUUAUUCUGAAAGGCUUAGCACCUGAUGGCGGGCUAUAUGUACCAGCGGCAUGCUUGUCUGUUUUCUCUACUGGGGAAAUGAAACGAAUGGUUGACACUGAGUAUAACCAGAGAGCCCUUAGGAUUUUAGAGAAGUGUAUUCAUCCUUCCGACCUCCACCCGUCAUUGCUGUCACGUUUUCUUUCUACUGCUUAUAGUUCAGACAAUUUCGGAUGUUCCAAAAUAUUUCCGGUACGUCAUCUACAUGAUAAUCAAUAUCUUCUAGAACUGUUCCACGGACCAACAGCUUCCUUCAAAGACGCAGCCCUGCAAUUGAUGCCACAAUUCUUUGUUGAAUCGUUGAAGGUUUCAAAUACCACAUCAAAGUACGCCAUCAUCGUUGCCACUUCCGGUGAUACGGGUGGAGCAGUUCUGGAUGGAUUUACCCGACAUGCAGGAGAUGCUAAUGUCGGAGUUCUGGUAUUGUACCCGGAUGAGGGCAUCAGUGAUGUGCAGAAACACCAGAUGACGUCAAUGGCAGGCAGAAACAUCAAGGUUACAGGUGUUCGAGGAGAUUUCGACGCGUGUCAGUCUUUCGUUAAGCGUGCCUUUAAUGAUCAUUCCCUACAAAAAGAUCUGAUAGACAAUCUGAACUGUAAACUCAGUGCGGCUAACUCGAUCAGCUGGGGACGUCUCCUACCACAGGUAGUGUACCACGUGUCCUCGUACCUCGAUCUUGUCCAGAAUGGUGUCGUCAAACUCGGAAAAGAAGUCGAUCUUUGUAUACCUACAGGAAACUUUGGGAAUAUCUUGGCUGCAUAUUACUCCAAGCAAAUGGGAGUACCGUACCGGCGAUUGAUUUGUGCUUCAAAUGCCAACAAUAUAUUGACAGAUUUUAUAAAAACUGGAACCUACGAUCUUCGGAACCGGAAGUUACAUAAAACCACCUCCCCUGCAAUAGAUAUCCUGGUCUCAUCGAAUCUUGAGCGCUAUCUAUACCACUUGUCGGGCGGAUCUGCCGAAUUUAUCUCGGAUUGUUUUAAACAACUGGAGUCGUCAAAGCAUUUUUCUAUACCAGGAAAGAUGUUGUCUGCUAUGAACGAGUUAUUCGUUGCGGACUGGUGUUCCGAAGAGGAAGCGAAGAAGACAAUUAAGUCUACCCUAGACAAAACAGGCUACCUUAUGGAUCCUCAUACCGCUGUCGCGAAAGCUGUCGGUGAUCGCUUUAACAACAAUGAGUGUCCAAUGGUCAUUGCCUCCACAGCACAUUAUGCAAAAUUUGGACCUGAUGUGGCCAGUUUCCUUGGCCUGGAUAUCCCGAACGAACAGCCGAAUGAAGUGUUUGAGAAACUUCAAGAAAUGUGUACUAGUCCAGUUAUGCAUCUUCCCCUUCAGGAAUCCAUUAAAUGGCCAUCGAUCCACACGACCGUCCUUAAUUCCAAAUAUUCUGAAGUACGGGAGGAAAUAAAAAAUUUCGCUCGUACAAUUUAGAUGUCUGGGAUAGCCAGAAAAAAUGUGUAGAUUGGUAUAGUCUUGCGUUGUUGUAUUCUGUACACAAGUAAAUGUUAAAACCAUGAAGAUUAGAGUGUAUCAAACUAAGGUCAAUCUGACCUACAUUUUGAUCUUUGAUAUACACCCUAAAAAAAUGUUUAUGCGACUCCAUCUCCUACACUACAAGUGAUUCGAACUUAAUACUUAGAUGGGUUCACCUUAGUGUUGCGGUGUGUUAUGUAUCAAAAUUAGGUCACUCUGACCUAUAUUUUGGCCUUUAGCUAGCAUCAAAUAAAUUGUUUAUCCCGGCUGCCUCCUACACUACCGGUCACUGGAAUUUAUGUAUUACGAAUUUAUCAUCUGUGCAUUCUUGGCAUGUAAUUCGCCGAAUUGUUUAGUUAACUUUGUCAAUUUGUCAACUUCGUCUUAUGGCUCAAAAUUGUGCCUUAUUCUGUAAAUUAAAUGGUAAAGACACAAAUAUUUUCAAUGAAGACGUCUUAUUAUGUAUACUAUACAAUUAGACUUAAUUAAGUACUUGUGUGCUUACUGCCAAUCUGUGAUAUGUAUGUUUACGUGUGAUCUGUGUACAAUAUAAUGAUAUAGAUUUCUAUAUGUAUCGAGAUAUUAAGGAGUGAUUAUUUCAUUAACAAUUCACAGUUCCCUGUAAGGUAAUAAAUUGAUAUGAACAAGCAAAGUGUACCAUUGUGAUAUAUGAUCCAUUGUUAUCCAUGUAACAGGAGAUCCGUGUAAUAGUAUAAGGGUACUGAGCAAUGUAUAAUGUUUUUAUAAUAUUAUGCAUCUCAGAAAUUGAGGAAUGAAUGAGAAGAUCCUGGACAAAUGUAUGUAUAGUAAGUAUAAGGUAUUGUGAUAUUGAAACUAUUGCUGUUUUAUUACGAAAAUAUGGAGACAAACUUCAGUUAACCUUGGAUGUUUAUGUAAUUUUUCCAACAUGAAGCUCCCUUAAAAAGACAGUUUAGUCUAAAAACUUUUUAUUCGACUAGAAUCGAUGAAAUAUGUACAUCUAGACGAAAUAACCCGAAUAGUUAGAUGUCACGUACUCAAUUCCAAUAAAGUCCUAAUCAAAAUGAAAAUAAAAAUUUUGUGUCUUAUAUCA